AUGUGGGUUCUGUCUGAUCUUUUCUGGGUUUUUAAUUUGGGGAAGCAGAAAUUAAUAGCCUUGAAGAAGGCUUACGCCGAUACGAUACUGAAUACGGCGAAGGAGGCGGCGGCGCGUGUGAUGAUUUCCGAGAAGAAAGCGCGUGGUUAUCAGCAAGAGCUUGUUGCUGUUAGAGACGAGGCUCUUCGUACGUGUCUUAGGCUUAAACAGAUGUAUGAUUCCAAGGUCAAGGAGGCAGAAAUGAUAUCUUUGAAGAAGCAGCAAAAGAUUGAGGAACUUGAAGCUCAACUUGGAGAAGCUGAAGAUAUAGUAGGAGAGCUAAGGAUGGAGCUGCGAGAGACUCGGUAUCACCUUGAGAAACUGGCAAACGGUUGUGGUCAAACGAAUUUUAACAACGAGGAGAAAAACCCCAAUGAGGCAGUCUCAUUAGUGCGUGAGGACUCUAGUGACCACGAGAGAUCAGUGGUGGUUAAUGGGAUCAAACCGCAUUUGAGUGACAGAAAUAUGAGUAUUAACCGGUGUUUUUAUAAAGAGAAUAAAGAUCCCUGUCACCAUACACUUCCUUCCAUACUAACUAGACGCAGAGAAGUGAUCAAUAAUGGAGACUGUAAUGAGGUGGAAUCAGUUACAGAAGCAAGGAAGGAAGAAGAGAAAGAGAAUGAUAUUGAGCUUUCCACUACGUCUGUGUCGCCUUCUGAUAAACGGUGUAUCAAAUUCACAUUCAAGAGGAAGCGUAAGAAGGAUGGAAGUAGCAGUAGCCCUGAAGGAGGAGGCUCCUCUUCACAGGAUGAUGAGAGCGGAAACAGAAGACAAAAGACUGGUGAGAAAGGUGACGGUUACUUGGAUUCAUUCAACACUGAAUCAUCUCGUGAUAGUCGACGUGUUGCACAGGUCGCUCGUCAGCUUUUACCAUUCACAGAGAAGAAAGUGUUGCAGCAGAACCAAUGUGAUGAUGUUCCUUGA